AUGGUUAACUGGACGGACAGUGUGAAUGGCAAAUUCCUUAUCAUGACCCUGCAAGAGGUCACCCCUCAGGUCUCUGGUGAGAUCUGGGAAAAGGUGGCUAAAAAGAUGGGCCCGGGGUUUUCAGCUAACGCGUGUCGUCAAAACUACGCAAAACUACUGAAAGCUCAGAGUAGCGACGGUACAGUUACUCCAUCGGCUAAUUCUUCUACCCCAAAGUCCGCUUCUCGCAAACGUAAAGAAGCGCCCGAAACACCAUCAAAGACUCCUUCUUCUAGGAAGCAGAAAAAAAUGACCCCUGCUGCUCAUCUUGGAAUCCCGGAGGAGGAGGCUGAACUUAAGCCACCUCAGACACCUCACCUCGGUGUCAAGAAACAGUUGUUUUCAGAAGAUUCAGACUGA